UUUUUCAUAAUUCUCUGUCUUUUCCGGCUGCUUAACGUUCGGGUCUAAGGAGUAUUUGAUAAUUGAAAGAAGUAAAAGUGUAUCACGCUGCAUAUUUUUCAUUAAAAAUAUAAAGAAAGGAAUAGAUUUUGAACUCAAAAAGAGUUUUGUAAAGUUACAAAAAAAAAGUGAAGUAUUUUUAUUUAAACAAAACACAAUGGCUGAUAAAACUCAAGAUUGUGAAAUGAAUGGUGAAGAUUUUUCCCAAGACGUCAGCACCAUGAAUGAAAAAGAAAAUGGUGGAUCUACCGGUAAUACUAAUGGAAAUGCCAACGAAUUCACAAAUGCCCGCGACGAUGACAGAAAAUUAUUUGUUGGCGGUUUAAGCUGGGAAACGUCAGAAAAGGAGUUGCGUGAACAUUUCAGCAAAUUUGGUGAGAUUGAAAGUAUAAAUGUGAAGACAGAUUCGCAAACCGGUCGCUCACGUGGUUUUGCGUUCAUUGUUUUUACCGGCCCAACUGCGAUUGAAAAAGUAAAUGAACAUGGCGAACAUGUCAUUAAUAAUAAAAAAGUUGACCCGAAAAAGGCUAAAGCUCGGCAUGGAAAGAUUUUUGUUGGCGGCAUAACUAACGAAAUAAGCGAUGACGAAAUUAAAACAUAUUUCAGUCAGUUCGGCAAUAUCGUCGGAGUGGAAAUGCCUUUCGAUAAACAAAAGUCUCAGCGCAAGACCUACUGUUUUAUAACAUUCGAUUCUGAACAAGUUGUUUCUGAAUUGUUGAAAACUCCAAAACAAAAAAUUUCCGGCAAAGAGGUUGAUGUUAAGAGAGCUACGCCAAACCCUGAAAAUCAAAUGUUAAUGGUACGUGGCGGAGGUAGAGGCGGUGUGCGUGGUGGCCGUGGCAGUUAUGGCCGAGGUGGUUACACUCAUCAAUGGGCCGCUCCAGGAGCGUAUUCGGCCUACGGUGGCUACGGUUACGAUACGGGCUACGGUGACUACUACAGCAGUGGCUAUUACAAUGGCUAUGACUAUGGUUACGGUAAAUACCAUAAUUACAAUAAUCCACAAAGCUCUAAUAAUUAUUACAAUAACAAUACUUCAGCUCCCAACAAUUAUCAUAAAAAU